GGCAAACUGCUCUAUAGCGAUAAAAGCAUUUUAAAGCGAUUAGAAGCUCGAAAAGAGAGGAAGGUUAAAGUUUAUUAUACGAAUAUCAAGAGGAUGAACACUCGGUAAAGACUGGGCCUGAAAUUGGGAGACGUGACGAGGCACGAUGACGGCAUUUUUAAGGGGAAAUUACCGUACACGACGUAAAAUUGAGCCUUUAGGGAAAGUCAAAAUCUCAGCGGAAAAUCGAAUUUCCUGUUUUUCAAAGAAUCCUUGAAGACUGCUUUAAUCUGCAGAACUUGAACAGAUUCAGUAGACCCUUGGUGAAGGAACAAGUGCUUUCGUAAUGGCAGAAGGCAUGCCUUAUUCCGAUCUGAAACCUCAGAGAGCUCCUGUGGAAAGCUACGAAGAGAGUUUAGAGGAUAUCGAGAAACAAGCGUGUUUGCUUUUCGAAGAAUUUUUAAGACUGCCCCAUUCAGCAAGUAUCAAGUUAAUGGUUAAAAAUUCAUCCAAAGAAGCAGCAGAUUCCCCAAUCAUGCUCGAGAAAAAGGGCCAUGAAAAUUACAAACAGUCUCGAGGUAACUAUUAGUCGUACCCUAGAUAUUGAAUUUGAUAGUUGUAAUCUCGAUAGGACUCGAUAGAACUAUGGUUGUUAGAAUGACUAGGACUCUUGUCAAGUUCUGUAGAUAUCUGCACACUUUGCACGGCGCAAUUUUUUGUGUGUCAUUGAAUUCCAAUUGAUAAGCCAUUGGCUUCCUUCAUAGUCCUUGCAUCAGACAGAAGUCACACAUGGUUCGCUUUGCAUGAUCCUGUCGAAGUUAAUGAAGUUGUAGAGAACUUUCGUCUUCUUGGCGGUGAUAACAGACAAUAUUCUUGUGUUUCCGUUUGUCCAGCUCUAAUAUAUUUCUUCUCUAUUCUUUAAGGACUGGCAGGUGUUAUCUAUAUUAAAUACUAAUUGAUUUUCCUUACACGUAUGCAUCACCCUAUUUAAAACAAAGUAGAACAAUGGGGUCCUAUCAAUUAAACUAGAUUUGACGACAAGGGAUGAUAUGUGAGUGGUUUGACCAGUUCUUGAGUCGAACUUCAAUCUCAUAAUCUCUAAUAUUUGAGUAGGCUUGUGUCACGUAAUUUCUUGGUUUAAGAGUUAAAAAAAUUUGUGCCAGAUUGCUACAGAUCUUUUUGUUGAAAGAACAGCGCAUGUUAUUAAGGUACCUACAUGUAUCUCUUUGUUGUGAAUCAUGAAUAUGCUCACAAGAAUCUAGUGAAAUGUGGUUUUGUUAAGGAACUGAAUAAUGUAUUUUGGCUGUUUCAAAGGAACAUCUGGAAUGAGGAAGGCAAACUAAUCACUCUCUCAAAUGACAAGUUAGGCAGGAAAAAACUUCCCUUUUUCUAAAAAUAGUAUUUCUAGGAAAACAGGGAAGUUUUUAAAAAAUGCUGAAUUGUACAAUCUCUGCAUUAAUUCUCAAUGUCUUUCUCAUAUUUUUACUUGUACAAGUUUGGAUAAGCAUAUACUUUUUAAGUAAAUCUUCAUGACCUUUGUACUUCAUGGUGUAUGGCCUUACUUUAAAAUAAGUGAACCCUGAAAAUUCCAGUUGGCCCUUGUAUUAACAGAAUUUUGCUUUCAAAUAUGAAAGCACAGCUUGCAAAGAUGUUUUCCUACAGCUAAACACUAAGACAUCUUCAAGGCAGGCUAAAAGUACUUAAGUGCCACACUCUCGUCAACUUUACUUGCCAAUCACAGUGAUCUGCAAAAUUUCCAGGUACUGGUGAAGUGAUUGCAAUUUUCACUGAUCACUGUGUUCAGCAUAUAAAAAUGGUCCAUAUCUGACAUGUGAGAUACAGUCAACUCUCUUGUAAGUGGACAUCCUCCAGAAUUGGAAAAAGUGUCUUUUAGAAGAUUUUCCCUCCUGCAGGAGUGACUCCCAUAAAUGGCAUGAAAGAAAAGUAGGGUGGAUAUCUGCUAAUGGGAAAGUGUAAGCUACUUUCUUGCGGCUUACAAGAGAGUUUCUGCUUACAGGGAUGUGUAAGGUAAUGCUCAGGAAUGUGCUUUUGACAGGGAGGCAAAAAUUGAAAGUGAAAAAAGUGUUCAUCAGUAGAACUGUCCUCUUACAAGGGUGUCAGUUAGCAGAGAGUUGACUGUAAUUGUGCUUUUUGCUGCCAAUCAUAUUCGUCAUAAUUAGUGAAUAAAAUCCCCAAGUGUGUCACCACCAUAACUAAAGUAUGACUGAACACUAGAAAAACAAAGAAAACACUAAUUGCAUUGUAGGAUUAUUAGUGCAUCAACAUUACACACAGAUACAGGGCAAGUCUCAGAGUAAAAAAAAAUGCUUGAGUUAUUUUGAGCUGAUGUGAGCAAAUUGCACUAAUGCUAAACUAAAUUUCACAGUGUGGUAGCUACAGAAAGUUUGGUUGACCCUUGAACACCCUGAAGGAGUAAACAUGUAUUCCUCUCCCAGAAUGUUAUUUCAAUCCUUCAUCAAGUAAACAGGUGACGCAGUUGGACAAACAUGUCUGUUAACAAUUUUGUGAGAGGAUAUUGUCACAGUAGAACACUGAUUCUCUUUUUAUGAUUAUGUUUUUGUGGAAAUUUUUAGCAUAUAUAAAGGGAGAGUUUCACACUAGAUGGCAAAAGUGAAAGAAUUUUAAAUUUUAUUGUUCAUCUUCUCCAGUUCCUUGUGAAUGUGAUGAAGCAGAUGAGGAUGAUCUUGUAACUGACAGUAAACUUGUCGCACAAAGUUCCAGUAAUGGAGUGUUACCUCAGCAUGAGCCUGUUUCAACUCAAAACCCGGAACUGGCGAACCUUGCACGUCAGAUGCAACAGGCUGGUGAUGCACUUUAUCAACAAUAUGGUGAUCGAGUUGAUGUGAGUUGAUUUUGUACUUGAAACUUUUUGCUUUGGAAUGGGAAGUGGGAACUAUUUUAAGUUAAAAGAACCAGAGUUAAUUAGCAGUCAGACUUUAUUCUUAGAAAUAAUGGUAUUCCCUGAUUAAGUUGGUGGAGGCACGGUGGCCUCAUGGUUAGUGCGCUUGACUCUGGAUUGGGUGGUCCAGGUUUGAGCCCUGGGUGGGGUCAUUGUGUUGUGUUCUUAGGCAAGAAAGAUGCUUUGCUCUCACAGUGCUUCUCUUCACCCAGGUGUACAAAUGGGUACCAGCAAAUGUGCUGGGGGUAACCCUGUGAUGGACUAGCAUCCCAUCCAGGGGGGAGUAGCAAUACUCCUAGCUGCUUCAUGUUAAGAAAACAGUAGUUAAGCACUGGCCCCAUGGGUCACUUGGUCCCGUAUCAAGGCUUUACUUACUUGUACUGAUUAAGUUGAUGUGACUUGUAUGUUGUAAAAUGAUUUUGUAUGCAUUUGUAGCUUUUUGCACAUUCAAGUAAUGUCAAUCUUUACAACACUUAGAGUAGAUCUUAACCCUUUAAACCCUCAAGAUUGACUAGUAUCUAAUUUCUUCUUAGUGCAAUAGCAUGAGUCCAUGGUUCAUGUAUUUAGGCACAGUAAUACAUGGAUGUAAUAAAUACCACAAUGUAUUUCUAGGAAUAAAAUUUUACUGUCUUUACACAUGAUAUAAUUUCCAUAGUAUAAAUGAUAAGUGCUGAAAGUUCUGUGAAACUUGGUGACAGCUGAAAGGAAAACUUUCAUGUUAAUGUUGGAGUACAAGAUUGAAUGAAGAUCUGUUCUGAUAUCAACAUCAGAAUCAUAAAACUAAUUUGCAUCAUAACAAAAUUUAUUGCCACUAUUUAUUUUGUUGUGGUUUAUUUUCUUUACAGGGAGUUCAGACACACUUGGUUUCAUAUGUCCUGGAUAAUGCUGCUGAUCUGACUUAUGACAGAUUCAGUAAAGAAAUUGAUAACAUGAUUGGUCGAGACAGAAACUGGACCAACUUGAUAUUUGCAUAUUAUGUGGGUAAAAGAGUGUGCUUAAUGACGUCUGAUGCUUGUGGUGCAGUGAAGGGCUAUUUUGAGCAAUAUUUGGGUCGCUCAUAUCGCCGUCCCAUGCAAGAGGCUGGUGGAAUUGUAAGUUCAACCUCACUGCAGUCAGUGUUUUUGCUUCUAUUCGCAAUUUUUUUCUAUUUGGAUUGAUUCCCCAAAGUAUGGCCAUUGCCAUUUCUUCAAAUGGUCUUUAUUGGUGUUCAAACUACAGCCAUGGCAUCUAAAUUGUCUUCACUAAAGUACCAUUGAAGUCAAGUUACCUUCAGACACCUAGUGAAAAAGUAAUUUUUAAUACUUAUCGUUGCCUGGAAUAAAGCUAUGUAUUGUGCAAGAGUUAUGAAAACAUUUGUUCUACAAUUAGAAAACUCUCUAAUUUUGAUUGCCCAACAUAGGUUCAAAUAGACUAUAACUAGGUCUCAUUAUCAAUUUUUACUCAUGAGCUGGACCAGUUUUUCUUCCUUUUUUUUUCCAGUUCAAUACAGGAAAGUUUUGCACAUGAUAUCUUUUUUUGAACUUAUACAAUAUAAACAUGGUUUUGUAUCUGUUUCUUUACUCAGGCCCCAUUUGUGAAUUCUAGAGGUCGCUAAGUGGUGCAGUCAAUCAACAAAUGAAGCAUGUUGCUAAAGAGGAGCUGCUUUGAUAAUGACAGCUGCUUUGCCUGGCAAGGGAUGGCCUUCUUGAAAAACAUAUCUUCCCACAAAUAAAAGGACAAUGGGAAUGUGCACCCUGUUGCACACUUCAUUUUUUAAAAUUCAGUUGAAUUGGAGCUGAUUUUCUCUUUGCUAAUCGAUACUUAAUUGUUUCAAAUUAAAAUACACCUUUUUUUAGCAACAGCAUGUAGCUGUUAAAUUCAACAAUAUCGAAGCUAGGUUCAAGAGAGACAAACUUAGGAGAUGUUGUUACACAUGGUGAAAUGACAGCACCCAAGAUGCAUUUUUUGUCAUUACUCUUUGAGAAUCACUGUUUAUUUGGUGAAAUGUAUGAAGUUGAUUAUCUAGCAUGUCUUGAGUGUCAUAGCCUCUUAAUUCUUUUCUAUUUGUAACUUAAACUUUCAGUAUUUUUUUUAUUCAAAAUUAAAGUUGCUGGAGAGCAUCACAAUAUUUGUAGUGUAGUAUUUAAUAGAAACUCAGAGUUAUUUUUUCUAGUUUUCGUUUUCUUGAUGUAGAAGUUAUGAGCUUAAGUCAGUUGCCUAAUACUGCCCCCUUCCCCCCCGUUCCCUCCCAAAAAAGGAAAACAUAUUCUCACUCACAAACAUGUAAAUUUUGUUUUUAUGAGCUUUCUUUAAUUGAUCAUUUCAAUUAAUUAAAUAGUUAUAUGGCAUGUCAUGAUUUAUAAUGUUCUUGCUGUUCAGUUAUUUCUCAAGAAGACUUUCAACAUUUUCAGUUUUAAAAUGUGAAAGCAAUUCAUAAUCCGCAGUUCACAUAUACGAUUUCUAUUUUGUAGUUAAAUAAACAAUGGAACUGAUGAAAAGGUGAAACUUGUAAGAUAAACAACAUAAUGCGUAACUAGGGUAACUCCAUUAUCGUGUACCAGAUCGAGGCACUUUGCGAUAAUUUUCGCAACGGUACCAUCUUGUUCCUGUUCCGAAUUAUACGCUUUCUGGACUCGGGUAAAAUAGUUUAAAUUUUCAUUAUGAAAAUUAUCGUUAUGUUGUCUUCAAAGCUAAACAAAACGUUCGGUAGUAGAGGUCAAUUUUUUUCCUUUGGACAAAAAGAAUCAAUGACGACGCCCUCAUUAAUUAAAAGUCAGUUUAGAAAAGCUGGCCAUUCUCUCGUUUAAAGGGUUUUGACAAAGAAGCCAGUCAUGAAGAAAUGGGUAUAGAAUGGGCGCCUGUCCGACAAGUAGACUGGCAGUGAAAGGUUGGAGAAAGAGAGUGAAUUCUUCAAUUAAUCAUAACCAUUACAAUUUCAUCAAAUGUGAUGAGUGCAUUGCCUACUUUAUUUUUCACAAAUCAUUCUGUACAGUUGCUAUCGGACCGCUGGCUGUGAUUGGACACCUGUAAUCGGGCAGUUAAAGAAGCCAAUCAUACCUUUCAGCCAAAUCCACCAAUCACAGAACUGAUCACGAUAACCACAACAAAACCACUUAUCCUAAAAAAAAAACCUUGUGGAAUUUCCAAAAUCGAGGAAUGUUUUACUUUAGGUAUCGUCUUUACCGUAGAUAUUUGUCCAAAAUGUAUUUGUUGUUUUCAGGAAUUGUAACGGUUAUGAUUAAUUGUUAACAGGACUUUGUGUCGUCCAGUUCUGUCUGUAAUCAUACCGAUGAUAGACAAAUCGGAGUCCUGCUUCGCGGUCCUCCGAUUUUGUUAAUCACUCGUAUAAUUACAGACCGAAUUGAACUCCACUCGUUCUUAUUGCCAUUAUUAAUCGUCUUCAUUAGUGUCAUGACAUAAAAAGCUCGAUAACCAAACAAAAGAAUAAAAAGGAAACGGUUGCAUUUUAACAAACUAUGGACAUAGCUUAUUACAUUAAACACACCUAGCGAUAUUUUUCGUUACGUUUCGAGCUACUUGUAAAUUUCUUUUGUAUUCAAUACUAGUUGUUCAAAGAACCCUUAUCAUUCCUAAGCAUGCGAUUAUCGUUGGAUAUUAUGCUUACUGCAUGAUCUGUAGACGAUACAAGCAUCUAAGCGGAGACUGGGGCAGAACUUAGCCCCUUUUUCGCUGCACGUGUGCUCUGUCCCUCAGUACCAAUGCCGAUCAAUAAACAGAGUGUGUACGAAUGCAUUUAACUGGUAAAAAAUUAAAUUCACCUGUUUGAAACCUGUCUCAUGCAGGUAAUCUUGAAAGUCAAAAGGUUUAAUUUAAUUGACGUCACCUGUUUGGGUGUGGUCCUCGUUUCAUUUUUCUUGUUCGACAAUUUUUUUUAAUGACUUCUACUUACUAGGAGCAACAAGAGAUGAAAAAGCUGAGGGAAAACUCGAAAAGAAACCGCACGAUGAUAACAGAUUUUGUGACAUAUUCUCAAAUCUGCAUCAGCCCUCAAGCGGCAAACGUGAAUUCCAGUUAAGGGUUUCAAAUAAAUCAUUAAAAACAACUGGACGACCCUGCCGUAAAGCUAAUUAAAUUUUAAACAACGCCAUACAAGUCGACUAGCAUUUUUUCACAUCCACGGCGUGCUAGAUUUCACGGUAAGCCGAACAGGCUUCUCAGGAACGAAAUCGCUCUCCUAUUCGUAUCAAAGACUUUCAUCUCAUUCUUCAGAGCUGGUCUACUCGACGCAUCUGAACGAAGAGACGAGGUAAGUCAAUGAUCUUUUGAAUUACUUUUGAGAUCGCAAUUAUUGAUGUUCCUAUUUACCGCGUAAUGCAAUGGUGAAAGCAAGCUCUCUUAAGUUGCCUUUUUGGGAAAGUGACUACUUCUUCUUAAAGGGAAACACAUUGGUAUAAAUAAUUGCGCAGACUAAACUAAAAUUUUAUCUUUGUUUUGGUAAAGUUGUGAACCAAGAUGGAAUGUUAUGUUUUUGGUAUGUUCCUUGUCAGAUGCCGCUAAUGAGUUUAUUGCCAUCACAGUCGCAGUAAUUAAUUGAGUCCCGUUCAGUUCUCAAAUUUUCUCGAUCGAAACAUAAACAAUUUUAAAUCACUAUUUUGCAUUUGUCCGUAGACAAUUUUUAUUGGUUGGAAACGCAUCAUGGUUGAUAGUCUUUAAGCCUCAAAAACCGCAACUUUAUCAUUCGUUUCUCCUCUUGCAUGCCGUUCGUAAAUUUGGUUACAGUCACCUUAGAUAUCGUAUACAUACAUUGUCUAUUUACAUCAACAUUUGACAGGUCGACCAUGAUCAGUAUCUACCUUGCGCGUGACGGAUGUAGUCACGCUAUCUCCCAUGAAAACCUGGAAUAAAUAAAGAAACUAGUCGCGAUCUUUGUUCCAGGUAGCAAACCUCUGGAAUUGGAAAUAGCGAGGGUGAGGUCGGGGAUCGGUCUUGCUCGAUAUGUCAUCCUCAGCCCCUUUCCCUCAAACCAGCCCCAACUCGAGCAUCACUACAAAAGUUUUGGACUUCCUUUGAUGGAAUGCGUCGUUACUUUUCGUAUGUCGUUUCGCGAUGAUGCCAACAAUUUUGUACAAAAGUCCUAUAAAACCAACUGCAUCUAUAGAUGAUUACUUUGUUUUGCAACACUGUGUCCCGAAUUAAACAGAAUUUUUCUCAGCAAAAAGUCACAAGUAAAUCAAAUAUAACAUCCUAGGGCGACAGGAAGAUUAAAAAAUGAGAAAGAAAAAAAAGAAAGGAAAACAUGGAAGUUAGCUACAAACUAUAUUGCUCAGUACUUGUUGUUUCAAGCUUGAGUUUCCGCGAGUUUUUUUGGUUUUUUUUUUUUUUUUUUUUUUUUUUGUUUUGCUUCUUCGACCAUCAGCUAAGAAGUGAAGCAGAAUCUAACGCGUCCUCUAAUUGGUCCAAUUUGGCGUCACAAGUUCUUUGAAUCAAUCUGAUUGGACAGUGUGAUAGAAAUUGUGGCGCUAACGACGGCGCAAGCACCCGAAGCAAGCUGAAGCCGUAGGUACCAUCAUCGCUGCUCGAAGCCAACCUUCCGCAGUCCGCAGCCCCAAACAUUGAUCCUAUUAUAUGGAAAAUCAUCACAGGUAAGCUUUGACGUUGCAAUUUUAAUAACUCCUAUGUUUUUUGAACACGUUCUUAAAGCAAAAAUAGACAAUUUGCAUUCUUCGCUUGAAACUAAAUCAAAAUGUAGGAAAUCUCGGUAAUUUGACUUGAUGACGAACUCCGCGAUAAAAUCUACGCUUUUUUUGCCAGACCAGAUUUAUAUCACGGAGACAUAUUGAAAGCUAUGUAUUUUUAAAACUCUGAGUUUGUAUAAACAACACAUUUGACUGUUUCAAAGCUACUUUUUGAGUCAGCUCAAUUUUACACAGAAAUCAAUGCAGAACUGUCAAGAACGACGACUGCAUUUUAACCUUGCUUGAUUUGUUUUCAUUGACAUACCCUCGUAUCAUCUUGAUUUUUCUUUGGCUGACUUCCUCACUAAGCCAAAAAAUUGAGAUAAUCAAUUAUUAAUCUUGACAAAGCGUACUUCGAAAGAUCAAGAAAACUUGCAAGUCAAAAUAGACACCAGUUCAAGCAAGUCAUUUUACGCUAAAAAGAGAAGCUUAGUUCUAACUUACAAGUUGAGGAUAAGUAUAUCAGUUUAGCUGAGUAUCAGAAUAAGAAUUAGUUGGAAAUAAGCUUCUGCAACAGACUCAACAUCCUACAAACGCCUCCAGUUUUUGUAUCUGCGACCGAAAAAAAAAUCCAAACUGAUUAGCGUAUGAAAAAUCACAGAAAGGUUUUCUUUGUUAAUGUUACCAAGAUUAAAUAAAUUCCACUCUGGAAUACAAGCUCAUUCAGAGCUCUGUUUAUUGUGUGCAGUUCAUUAAAAUCGUAUCAAUAGGGAAAGAAAUCUCCAGUAAAUUUAAUUUGAAACCAAACAACGAUUAUGAGUAAAAGUGAAUGAAGUAUUAAUUAGGUUAGCUCGCUCCUGCUGAAACGCAUAACUAAUUAACAAGCGAACUGGUGAUAUUGACUCUGAAUGUGAUUUACUUUGUUCACUUAAAGAGGUUAUCAGAACAUUUUUUUAGAAGCUUACAACUUUUUCUUUUUUUUUUAUAAGCAUUUAAAUGUUAUGUUCAGUUAACUUCUUUCGAUUUUAUAUUAUUAUGUAUUAUUUUCACAAAAUUGUGCGACUGUCGGUAAAAUAAAUUUUUGUAGAUGUACACCAAAAGAACAUGGCGCUGUAACACUGAAUUUUUUUGCUUAGCUUUUUAGCCAAACUUAUAAAUGGUGCUAUUGCUGGAGUGGUCGGCGUUGCAUGCACCUUCCCAUUGGAUUUGUGUAAAACAAGACUACAGGAUCAAAGACAUCUUGGGGCUCAAAAGCACUACAAAAACUUGUAAGUUGCAUGUGGAUUUCAUAAACACAAUGAUCUGCAGUAUUCAAUGGAGUGUGUUCUUCUACAGUACUGUGGUACUGUGCCAAGUUGUUCAUUCAAGGUCAUUGCAAAAUUAGUAACAAACAUGGAACCUUUGACAACAGAACAGUUUUUGGGAUCGCUGACGUUGAUAUGGCUUAAUUUUUUUCAUUCAAACGAGGCUUUAAAACUUAAUAUACAAAAUGGUGAUCAGAGCAUAAAUAUCUUAACUGUAUGACUCUUUUCAUCAUGCGAAGUUCCAUUGACUUUUGAGGCAAUUUGCUUUCGCAAAUGGUCCUUGCCUUCUCUUUAGAAGCAGCAAGAUCUACCUUAAAAGCAUGUCUUCGAUUAUUUCUUCCGUAGAGCGGACUGUCUAUGGAAAGUGGCAAGAGCAGAAGGGGUGAGAGGUUUAUACAAAGGUUAGUUCCGUCUAAGGGAUCAUUACGAUCGCUUCAAGUAUUAUUGUUAUCCAUUUUGUUAGGAGAUGUGGAUGCUUUAUUCAGAAAUCACCUCAUCAGAGGUACACUAUAUAAUCACGUACUAUUAUGAAGGUAUGGAGGUCAACAGAUGAUUGUAAUGCGUUUGAUAAAAAUCAUUUGUAGCAAUGGUUCAACCAUCAAACCCCGGUUUACAUUUUUUAUCUCCUUUAGGCAUAGGAGUAAAUUUGUUACUCAUAAACCCGGAAAAGGCAUUGAAACUUGCUGUAAACGACCAGCUAAGACAGAUGUAUGGUGGAAGAAGGUAUUUCACCGGAUCAGAAACUUUGUGGUGUUUUUAGGUUUCGAGGAAAUCGGUGAUGGAUACAUUGAUUUCGUUCGAUUACAGAUCCAAGUUCUGAACUUAAACCUGAAAAUAAGUUAAAAAGUAAAUUGAGUGUUUUUCGCCCUCGAAUCCGUUUUAAUCUUUUCCAUCGUUUACCGCUAGUGUUUGCCACUUUUCACUUUUGGCAAUUUGGGAUAACCCAAUAAACAAUUCCAAGGGGUGUCACGUCUCGCUGGUCCAAUCCUUCUUUCCUGUCUACAUUUCAGACACACCCUUCCCUUGAGCAAAGAGAUGAUCGCUGGUGGAGCUGCUGGGUUUUGUCAGGUGAGAGUCAAAAACUGUUCACGGUAUUAUCUACAACGCUCAGUUAUGGCGACAUUACGUAUCUCACAACAUCUAAAAUCUAUUUUUCCGUAGUUUAUGAGCUUUAUUUUAAUAUGAAAUUGUCUGGUUGUUUUAUUUUCCUUCCAGGUGGUCAUUACCACACCGAUGGAAAUGCUCAAAAUACAGCUUCAGUUGGCUGGAUCACAAGCAACAGGUACGUUAUACUUACAGGGGACCCUAGCUCAGUUUGACUUCUACAUUUGUUUUAUUCAUUAGGGUUGGGAAACCUGUAAUAUUUGGUCAGAAAACAAGUUCAGUCUUAUAUUUACUUUUUUACCAAUAGCUCCCCGGAUAGCCAACUCAACUACCACUGUGGCGGCGGCGAGCUCAAACGUUAGGACGUUCGGCACCAAUUCAGGCACAGCCCCCCAAUCCGCCCUAAGAAUAGCACAUGACCUGAUGAGGAGCAAGGGUAUAAGUGGCAUUUACAGAGGACUUGGCGCCACAUUACUGAGGUACUGUGGGGGAGAAAGUCAACAAAUAUCACGCCACGAUCACUAUGGUCUUGUAGUCUGUCAUAUCUCUCGAGUGUUUUUUAAACGCUGAUUCUAUACUUCUUUCAUUGUUUUUCUCGCCAGGGACGUGCCGUUUUCCUGCAUCUACUUUCCUCUAUUUGCCUAUCUCAGACUUGAGGUAAGUGAAGAAACGCGUAACUAAAAUUACCGUUAUCCCGCUAGCAAGCCCUGGUUAGUAGUGCCACUGGACGCAGAAUCCUAGAUAAUCACUCGCCGGCUCGCGUCGCUCACAGCCUCAUACCAGCCCUGCCUUACAUUUUCCCAUGGGCGAGAAAACCCGUGCAGAAGUAUGAGUAACCUAGGCCUGCUCGCAUGGUAUAUUGCCCCGGGAAUGAAUUAGCGAUGGUGUUUUUUGUUUAGUUUCAGGGAGAUGGGACACACAACCAUGCCCCAGGGCCACUACAAUCUUUGAUGGCAGGGUGUACUGCUGGUUAGUUUGUUGUAUUUUGCUUUCUGUUCACUUCAAUAGUAAAUCGAGUUCCUCUUAAAAAAAAGACGAUCAGGCAGAAAGAAAAACAAACCAAAUCGAAAAACAGAGGUCGAUUUCGUCUACAAACGAUUGGGAAUUAACCAGAAAACAGCCGGAACUUCUUCAAUAUCGUCAAUACUGUAUUUCCUCGAAUAAUGGGGGGACGCUUAUUGGAAGGAAGGUGCUCAUAAGAACUAUUAACCUGUACUGAUUCAGCUGUAGUUGACGCUUGAGGAGUUAAUAAAUUGGGGUAGAAACAGGUUUUUCUUGUAUCCUUACUAUCUAGGAAAAUGAGGGGUUGGGGGGUGGGCGCUUGUUUGAUAUUUUGGCCUAGGGCGAGGGCGCUUAAUCGGGGAAAGGUGCCCAAUGGAGAGUGGGCGCUAAUUCGAAGAAAUACAGAAAAUAGCAUUAGUUGAUCCUUUUACAAACACGGAAGGUUGUUUCGCGUGGAUUACCAGCCAGCAAGGAAAUAGUAUCUCCAAACAUCACGUAUCCGCGAUCGUGUUAUGACCAAAACUAAUAACCUUUGUUGUUUCAAUCCAGCUAUGAUAGGAAGUGCAGCUGUCACUCCAUUGGAUGUGAUCAAAACAAGGCUCCAGGUGAUAAGAACAGGAGGAGAAGCUGCCUACAACAGUUUGUGGGACUGCGUUCAAAAAACCUACGUAAAUGAAGGGAUAGGUGCAUUUUAUAAAGGAGUAGUGCCAAGGAUAAUCGUUAUUGCACCGUUGUUUGGGAUUGCCCAGAUGGUAUACUUCUUGGGAGUGGCUGAAAAAAUAUUGGGACUUGAAGCGGGAGAAAUUUGAGCUAGAUGGCUAUAAAAAAAUAAAAUUAACGGUUCAUGUAAAUAAAAGAACAAUCAAGAACGAGUUGGGGCAUGAAUCAACUUCAUGCGUACACAGAAAAAAAGGACAACAAUUUCGUGUUAAUACUCAAGGCUCAAAGCUUUUUGCAAAUUUACUAGACUUCUGUCAAAGGUGUAGGGUAAUAUAACCAGUAUUUAUUAACAUGUAGUAUUAUAAUUCCCCUCUUGAAGAUUUUACGAAUCAGAUCUGUCCAAAUUAUGGGACAGUGGUAAAUUGUAGCUGGUUUCUAAAGGUUGCACAAAUGACAG